ACAAUGCCGGAAGUCAAGAACAGAAAAACUACGUACUGAUAUGACAGUUGUGUUUAUCUCUGCUUUUGGGGGGAAUGAGUUGAUAUAGUAUUUUGGAAUUAUCAUCGGUGGAUCACAGGAAUCCCAAGGGCAGGUCAACAUUUCUGCCAAGCCUUUAUGUUUUCCCCAGAUUAACAAUGGCGAGCUCCAAAUACGUUUCGACGAAGGAGACAACCCACGCUGCCCGUCUGUCCCGGUUAUUAGUAGAUCCCUGUACGGAUCUCUUCAGGGACCUUCUCAGAAACCAAAUUACAGAAGUCCAGUUCCCGCUCGUCCUACAAAACAAGAGAUCGCUCCUAAGUCCCAUCCUAAACAAAGUUCAGAGAGACUUUCUCUAUCCUCAAAUAGGAUCCUUUCAGGGAACAUACGCAGAUUUCGACCUUUCUCUGUUAUAUGUCCUGCUUAGAAAUAUAUCCAAAAUACCCCCUCAUAGAAAAGGAUGGGCCAAAACUCCACAUCCGUCCGAUCGAUCCACCUCUGCUAACAUCGACCGCAUCAGAGAGAUCAGGAACGUCUAUUGUGGGCACGCGGCCAGCGUCUCCCUGUCCGAUCCUAAAUUUCAUACCCUCUGGCACGAGCUGAAUGUAAUUAUAGGCGAGCUUGAGAGCGGCCUUCCUGGAGGAUGCACCACGUACACAGACGCUGCCAAGCUUCUGAAAACUGGGACCAUGGACCCUGAACAAGAAAAGCAAUAUUUAGACAUUAUUGAUUCUCAGACCAAAUCCUUAGAUGACAUUAUGGAUAGGCAGCAAGAACAGGUCACAUCUAUAAAGGAGCUCAAAGACACUCAACAUGAACAGGAGAGACGAAUCACCGGAAUAGAGUCGGAACACAGGGAAUUAGAGAAGAAGGUUCAAAGUUCAAAGGAACACUUGACUCAAGAGGGGAUAAACAUUUUAGAGAACACAGAAGCAGUUCUCUUGGCACACAAAUCACGACCUGUGUACACAAAGACCUCGGCAGUGGACGUCACGAUAGAGAAGCUUAAAGAUGACCACAUCGCCAUUCUGACCGGGAAAGGAGGGACUGGGAAGACCACCACCGCCUACCAAGUCAUGUGUGAAAUGUCCGGCGAUUCGUUAGAGUCACCGUAUAUACCCGUCCUUGUAAAGUAUCCAGAGGAAUGGAACAAGGCGAUCAACCCAAAACACCGAUACGUUGUCUACAUUGAUGAUUUUCUGGGCUACACCAAUCUGGACGUUGGAGCUGUUGAGAAAUGGAAGAAUCAGUUAGAUGUGAUAUUUUCGUGUGCCAAAACUGGGAAUGUGGUCACCAUGUUAGGCAUGAGACAAAAUGUCCUAGAAGAAGCCAGGAAAUUUUGCGUGCAUGAAAUUCUUCAAGAAGAAAAAUGCAUCGAUUUUUCGUCAAAAUAUACGAUUACUGAGGAAGAAAAAGAAUACAUGUUGAGAGCUUUCGAGGAACACUACACCUUUAAGGCUUCAGAUCUCUGUGGGGAAAAUUUCACGGAAUUUGCAAGAAAGAAUGGCGAAGAUGCCAUUUAUACACUAACGGAUCACGACAGAAGAGUUAUGAAGUCUGCUAAUCCCUAUUUUGGAUUUCCUCUGACUUGCUGUCAAUUCUUUUCAAGGCGCGAGUUUUUCCAACUUGGUACUUCCUAUUUCAAGCAUCCUAAUGAAAAAUUACUUUCUGCCAUAGAGAGUAUGCGAAAAUCAAAAUUACUCCCUGAAAAGAUGAAAUACUGCGUCCUAACGUACGUAUUUCUGCUUGGGAAUAUCGAUACCAAAAAUUUACGGGAGGACGUGUUCAAAGAUGUUUUUGAAAAGGUAAGAAUUUCUGAGGACAUCAACGACGCGGAUAUUUCGGACGCCAUUGAAGAUUUAGUUGGCGUGUACCUAUCGGCGGAGACAACUAAGACGGAGGUGUAUAAGUUUUCACACGAAACUGUACUGGAGUCUGUGUUGAUAUCAUUUGGGAAACUUGCUCCUGAAAUUGUGAUAAAACAGUGCAGGAAAUGGCAACUGGACGAGUUGAUACGUACUCAAAACUAUGAGCCAAAACCCGGGGAAGUUGUUCUGAAGAUCGCAAGACGUUAUUAUGGCGACCUGGCGCAAAAACUGCUGCAUGAAGAUCCGGCAUAUAAUCUGCUGCAGGCUGGCGAAGGCGUCAUGAUGGUGGCAAUGGACAUUCUGCGUCAUCCUCUAUCCGAUGAUGUGGAGUUUGUGUCCGUUUUGUUGGGUUCUGAUGCGUCCGAGAAAAUGUCUGAAAUUCUAUCCGAGAUUUGGAAGAUGUUGCGUUAUUCUGACAAAGAAAACGACAGACAGGAUAUAUUACUGUGUGAACUGUUGGAUCGGUAUGGCCCCCAUACUGACCCGGGGGUACAAGUGACGCAUGAUAGUAACCAUGGAAACGUGGAAACAACGGAACCUUUGUCUGAGGAACCCGGUACUUCUACACAACCAAGUGGGGUCAUUGGGCUUUUCAAAACACAGAUGACACAAAUGCUGAGCAUGCUAUUAACGACGUCACAAACACAGACUCCUCCCACCGCUCCUAUCCCACAGGUGCCCAUAGAACAGGUGGAAGUACCACAAAAACCGAUUUUCGUAAUCUCUGUUGAGGAAUUUAAGGAAUUCCUCUUCUUGAAUUUUAGCAACGGCACUGGUAAAUGUUACCUGCUUUCGAUAAUGAAAUACUUCCGAAAAUUCAGCAGUUUGCAUUACCUUCUAACUGACCACGGGGUGGGUCCACUCGGGCUUUCCCUGCUCCACUGCUGUGUUCUUCAUGGAUGGGAGGACCUGGUUGAUUUGAUCCUCGAGUUUCACACACCGACCAAAACAAAGUGGAAGUUCUGGUCGUGCUCGCACCUCGCGGCCUACGCGGGGCGGUUGUCUUUGCUUGAGAAAUUCGUUCGUUUAGGACAGGAUUUAUCUGAGAGAACGGGGGAUGGUUAUUCAGUGUUGCAGACAGCCAUUUUAGGUCUUCGAUGUGGGCCUGGUGCGGUAUACUAUCCCUCAAGUAGUAUUGAUACGGGAUUUCAAUUUCAGUUACUCCUUCCAUUUCCGGAGUUAGCCGACUUUACGAAGGUGAUCACGUUCUUAUUGCAAAGCGGUGAGCACAUUGACCGGAACGUAGCUGACCCCGUCGAUAACUUUGGCAACAACAUCGUGCAUUAUCUAGCUAUACACGAUUAUAAAGAUAUUCUAAAUCUUUUCCUGGAUCUUAACAAAGACAUUGUGUUUCACCGCGGAAAUACUGAACUACCCACGACAUUACACGUGGCCGUGUAUCUGGGUAGACCGGAACUUGUAAAAGCAUUGUGGGAGGCAGGGGUACGCCCACGUGACUCGGAUCUGUCUCUUCAGGACACGCUUGAUAGCGGGGAAAAGUUGUGUGGCAAAAGGGUUGCGUACACCAUAUUUCAAAAGGACAGUGGACACAAUGAAAAUGAUGAUUUUGCAGCUGGUAUGGCGAAUAUUUUAGAGAGAUGGGAGACAAGCAAUGAUGCGGAAACAAUGUCCAAGCUUAAUAGUGAAGUAAUGGAGAUUUUUAAUAGCAUGAAAGAUUUAUCUAAACAAGAUGAAAAAUCUGAGAAAAACGAACAAAAAAGCAUUGUCGAGGAUUUGCAGGAUUCUCCGACUUUUUGCUGGAGUGACGGGGAGACCGAUAUACCGAGUAUAAAACUGAAAACCAUCAAAAAUCUAAGUGUGACAUUCGGCAGCAUUAACGACUUCAAACAGAUAAGCGACAGUCUGAAAUCGGCGCAAAAUUGACCCACCUGAGGAACGAAGCCAAGAGAUUCGGCAGUUUAAGGACUUGAUACAAGAAAAUUUGUACCCCUUUCCUUUUUACCUUGCCCAGGAGGGGCGAAUUUAAAACUGAAAGAAUUCGAAGCAUUGCACAGAUACAUAAUGUGCAUAUAGUUCGUCUAAGUGGCAAGAAUUUGUACACCGAUGUCAUGAGUAUGCAAAUAGACAGGGAGGGGUUGUUUUAUGAUUAUUCUUCACGGCAGAUAUACACUUUCUUUGGGGUCAUUGGGUUUCAAAACAAACCUGUGAUUAAUCUAAACUGAGGCUACACAAUUUAUUGUUUGAUAUAUCUUGGGUUCAAUGGGGUGUUGUUGUUGAAUAGGUGUCAUUUUCAAUCGCCACUACGAGAAUCUGUGAUGAAUAAAUGAAAACGAAACGGGGUUAACUAACAACAUAAGGAAUUUCUUCAUCGAAGUUUCUGUAAAGUAAAUAAUGAGACAAUAUAUAUAUUUAAAUUUACAACCGAUGUACAGUGUAGAUGUAUUCACCUUCAGGUUCAUGAAUAUAGUAACAUACUUUUAUAAGAUGAAACUGUUGUUUGGUAAUUAAACUAAAUUGUA